UUAGUACUAAGAUCUAACGAGAGAAUAAUUAAACAUUAAAUGAAAAUAUUUUUACUAUAGGUGUGAAUCAUUCGUUCUAGUUGGUGGCGGUAACUUUGAGAGUUUCCCCUUCAUUCGGCGAGGCACUCGGAUCGGCAGCAGUGGGGGAAUUAAAACCUUAGCGCGUGGCAGUGUGUAGCAGACCUCGCGCAAACCAACAGCGCUGCUGAGGGGAGAAGGAACAGCAUCUCACAAAUCUUGUGGAAGUCGUAGCUUUCAUUUUGUUUCUCGCUCAGUGAUAGACAUGAUGGGGAAAAGUGGGCUUCUUUUGGUUGGAUUUGUGUUGUGCGUGGUGUAUUUCAGUGGGGCAGUUUCAGCUUUCAGGACUUGCGCCGAGGCCCGCUAUUGCUGCCCGGGCCGAAAUAAUACAUGCUUUGCUCAUGGACCCCGAAUGGAUAAUGACAAUAAGCAAGAAAGAUGUUUUUGUGACCAGGAAUGUGUCACUAUGGGCGACUGCUGCAUCGACUACACACAGACGUGCUCAGGUAAAGACUGUUUGGUAGAUGAGUGGGGGUCAUGGAGUAAGUGCAGCGAGACCUGUGGGUACGGAACCCAGCGGAGGAAGAGGAAGGUGCUGCGACACAGACAGAAUGGCGGGAAACGGUGCCCCGUGCUCCAUGAGAAGCGGGCCUGUGUCGGUGACCAGUGCUUUGCUGUCCAGUCGGUAGAAUUCAGAGGGAAAGAACUUGGGGAAGUUGGAAAUAUUUUACCAGCAGAGUUUGGAAGAUGGAGAACAAGCAGUCAAUACAGCAUGAGACACGAUAUAAGAAGGAACCUUAUAGAAAACCGCCUGAGCAAUGAAGUCCCAACUAGAUUAGCAUACUGCGCCAGAUUCACCAUCGUUUCCACGAGCUUGUACUGCAACACCACCGAAUUCUCCAAAAAGUGGGCCAAUGAACUGCAGUUGAGGAAGACAGUGUGUGUACAGUGUGACCCAUUCGCGAUGGACAAGGACCUGGGAACACGCUGCAAGGGGCAUGGCGUCUACAAGGAGGUGACCCGCUGGAACGCUGUUGACGUCCCAUACUGUACCGGCUUGUGGAGACAGGAGACCGAACCUACAGACUGUGUGUGUGAUGUGGAUCUGAAAGACAGCUUCAUCUUAAUCUGAGCGGGUGGACAGACAAAUUAUUAUAAGAACAGUGUAUAUGAUUGUAUUAGCGUAUAGUUCACAUAAUGGUACAUCUCUAUGUUUUGUAGGUUUGAUUGGUUAAUUAGUCCUUUAACUGCGAAAUACAGUGUCUUUUUAACCAAACCUGGUCUUGCAAUUUGGGUUAAGGACCACCAGCAAAAGAGAAAUUUCAUCUUUAUUAGGAAAAGAUAUGAAAUGUAGAGUACUUUUGACUUGUACUUUGAGAAAAGCAUUGGACCGAGUGAUUCAUUGUACAUCCUGUUCAGUUUUUGCACGAUCAUGGGUUUUUUUCUUUAAAUUCUGGAAGGUUGUAAAAAUUGAGAUAGUGCUAAAUUGGAUGUAGGAACAUGUGACCAUAGACAUGUUAAACUUUUUAAAUGAGGAGAUCACUUAUGUUUGGCCAGUACCAUAUUUAGAUCUAUAGUAAAAAUUUAGCACAUAUAUAUAUAUUCAAAUAAAGAUACUCAUACAAAACAUAUGACCCAAAUCCUCCAGAUCCUUCUAAGAUUUCAAUGCAUUUUUAUCCAUCUGUAUAGCUAAUCAUUAAUGUGAAUAAUACUCAAAAGUCCUGUGAAUAACAUUUGAAUAUGAAUCAUAACCAACAAAUACCUCGCUACAAUAACACACAAAGCAUCAUGGGUAAUGGAACUCAUCAUCCAAUCAACGAAGAUCUUGAGAAAAACAAACGGUUUAUUAUUUGUAAAUAAAAUUAGAAAAGUCUUGUACAAAUUUAGUAGAUUUAUUAAAUCAAGCUGAUUGAAAUGGUGCUUCCAGAUUAUUGAACAAAAUUAUAUAACCAGAAACUGCUUCAAAUGUUUAUGAAUUGGCCUUAUUUAUCCAAAAUAUGAUGCUUUACAUACACACUGCAAGGAAUCCUUUACUAUAAGCCGGCGGUAUUUGGUACACCAUGCCACCCAAGAGGAGCAUGGCUGACCAAAAGGCCGGGGCUUGCGAAUAAAACAAGGAUUGUCUGAUUGUGGCCCUUAAGUAUAGCUUAUGUGUGGCCGCGGUAUGUCCUGUCUGCUAGCUUUACUUGUGUGCAUCUCUUUGCAAGGAAUCCAUUAUGUGUAUUGAAGAUUUGUUGUAGAAUUUCUGUAGACUUGUUAUCCAUUUCAUUCUGAUGGAGGUAAUUAUUCUAUCAUUGCAUGUACACACAUUUUUACAUAAAACUAUCUGUUAACCUUGAUAUUUAGCUUUUGUACUAGAUUUUUCACUUUUGCUAUAAUCUUUUCCCCUGUAAUGUUCAGUUUUUUGGAUGUUGUGAUAGCCUAAACACAAAAGAAUUAUGAGAUUCACAGCAAACUUGAAUUUUCUGUUGGAAGGAAAAUUGUCAAUGCAUGCAUCUCAUUUUGUAAAUAUAAAUACUGAUUUUAGUGAAUUCUCAUUUUUAAUUCUAUGUAUUGAUUCAGAAAUAAAAAUAUAUUAGUUAAAAGUA